AUGGCUAACCACAUUCUUGAGGCUGAAAUUAUGGGUGGAAAAGGCCACGGAAAAGUCAUAUACAUUCCACGAAUGGAUAUGUCCCCGUCCCAAUCACCUUGGCCUUUCAAACUAAGCAGGAGACAGUUUCCAAUCAUCGUGUCCUACGCCAUGACAAUUAACAAAUCCCAAGGGCAAUCCUUGGAUAGGGUAGGCCUCUAUAUCCCAAAGGAUCUCUUCAGCCAUGGUCAACUAUACGUUGCAAUCUCGAGGGUAACUAGAAAAAAGUGUAUCAAGAUCCUAAUUCAUGACGAAAACAACAAACCUAAGUCUUCUACUGCCAACGUCGUGUACAAAGAAGUUUUCAGCAAUAUAUAG